GACUGCAGACGCGACAGUUCGGCAAGCAUGUUACGCCAGAACGUGAGCUAGAUGCUGAGCUUACGGCCAUCCCACCGAUUGGCCAGAACAGCUCCAGAAGUUUGCAUUCGACCAUGGAAAGAGAGAAGCCGCCUCCUUAUGUCCAGUACCUUACUGGAGAUGGCACAGCCACGUUGGUUGAAGCCGAGUCAGAGGCGUCGACCAUUUCAAUGAACACAUGUCACUCACGCGAUAGACAAAAGAGAGUACUUAAAAAUUGGUGUUCCGCUUUGCCUGGUGGCCUUAGUCUUUGUCUUGACGUCGUUUAUACUGCUACAGGACAAGUUAUCUCCAAGUACAGAACAUGUUAACAGUCGUGAGUUACCCGAGGUUGAAAACCUAGCCCUGUUAUCGAGUACGGAGAACUCUAUCACUUUUACGUGGGAGCGACCUCAAGCUCGUUUCGACUACUACUGGGUCAGCAUCAGUGACGACAAUGAAGAAAGCAACGAAAAGGAGCAUCACAUCGGCUCGUGUUCAAACGGCACCAUCAUACAUGCAAGUCAGACCCGAAUCACCUGCACUAACAUCGACACUUGCACGAACGUCAGCUUCACACUACGUACGCACAGCAACGGACCUCCGGAACGUACAUCCACGGGAGCUACAAUAAGGGGCAUUUUGAUUGCUGGAAAAGAUCCCGAGGCACCGAAGAAUGUCACUGCCGUCGGGAUAUCGCCCCUUCUGACACGACUACAAUGGGUGCCUUCGCCAGGUGAUAUAAACACAAGCAAUACCGCAUACGAAGUUCAAGUGUGCAACAAUUUCACAUCGUGCUACACAGACGAAGUCCUGAAUGGUUGUACCAAAAAGGAGGCGUCCGAUACGUGGCUGGAAUUUGAAAGCAUUAUGGGUACCAGGUAUUGCACCGUGAUUGUCGCAACUGAGCAAUGCGGGCCCCACGUUUUAAGAAGUUCGAAAGCAAUGUCGGUAAUAACGGCACCCCUGUUCGAUUUGCCUGACGUUGACAACCUACAGCUGGUAUCGCUCACGGAAAAUUCUAUCACUGUCACGUGGGAGCGACCUCAAGUUCGUUUCGACUAUUACUGGAUCAGCCUGAGGGAGGGCAACGGAGAAACGAACGCAAGAAACAAACAGCAUCGAAUUGGCUCGUGCUCGAACGGCACCAUCAUUCAUGCAAGCCAGACGCAAGUCACCUGCACCAACGUCGACGCUUGCACGAACGUCAGCUUGACUGUACGUACGCACAUAACUGGACCUCCGGAACGUACAUCCAUGGGAGCUACAGUGAACGGCAUUGUAAUCGCUGGACAAGAUCCAGAUCCACCAAGGAACGUCACUGCGCUAGGGAUAUCGCCAUUUCUUACCCGGCUACAGUGGUCGUCUUCGGAAGCUAACAUAACCAGAAGAGAUAGCGCAUACGUAGUUAAUGUAUGCCACAAUUUUACAUCAUGUGACUUGAACGACAGCAUGGAUAAUUGCACGGAAAAGAAGACGACCAAUGCGUGGCUGGAGUUUCAAAGCACUAUCAAUACCAAGUAUUGCGUUUCUGUUAUGGUCAUUCAGCAAUGCGGGCCACACAAAUUGACAAGUCCCAAAGCAGUGUCAAUAAUAAGGACACCGCUGUUCUCGCCUCCAGACGUGACUGGCCUGCGCUUCGUUGACGCAGGAGAAGACUUUUUUAGCGUGAAAUGGUCAAGGCCGAAAGCCAACUUUGACUAUUACAGAGUGGUGGUGACCAAACUGCUCGCGCCAUCCUUCAUUGCCGAAGACUUGAAAAACAGCACUCAGCAGCCCAAGCAGCCUGCCAGCGCCGGAUCGUGCGGAAAUGGUACCAUCAUACACCCAGACCAGACAGAAUUGACGUGUGCCGGGCUGACACCCAAGAGCUCGUUCAUAUUUCGUUUGCACACGCACAUCAUAGGACCACCAGCGCGAACUUCAUACGGUGUGAAGCUUUACAUCAGGACGACCGAAAACGAGUUACCCGAAGUGUCAAAUUUGAAGGUGGAAAACAUCACAGCUACGUCUUUCGCGGUGACCUGGGAACGGCCGAAAGAGUGCAUUGAAUACUACACGCUUGAGGUUACCGACCAUGGAAGUGGAAUCAUUGGGGACAAAUUCCACAGCGUGGUAUCGUGCGACAAUGGAGCUGCUAUUAAUCCGAGGCAGACGAGACUCACCUGCACCAAAUCUGACACCUGCACCAGUAUCAGCGUUGAAGUGAAAACGCACACCAGAGGUCCCCCUGAACGCGGGUCAUCAGGAGUGAAACUGGAGAACGUCCUUCUUCCGGGAGCAGGACUUCCUGAAGUGACCAAUUUGAAGCUUGCAGCUGUCAAAAACGAUUCUCUCACCAUCGCGUUCCAAGCACCAAAGGACUGCGUGGAUGGUUUCUAUUACAACAUCACUGACCACAUCUCAUCUCAUGUUAAGUUAAACGAUAAAGGCUGCUUUCCGAAAAUAUCGAUCAUUAAUGUAAACAACAUUCUGAUCACCUGCCUCGGAAUUGAGGCAUGUGGCAAGGUAGACAUUGCAGUAGGGACGCGUAAAGACGGUCCCCCUAAACACUAUUCGCCUGGAGUCGCACUGCGCGGAAUCUUCAUCCGUGGUAAAUGUGAUCUAUAGGGUCCUAUUCUCAGUUUGUGAUGUUCUAUAAGAAUUUUCACGUGAUUUGACUCAUAAUAAAAUCGGUGGCAUUCAU